CACGCGUUUUUGCCGCGGCAUUCAAAAAUUUGCUUUUGUUGAUCAACAAGAAGAACACGAAACAACUUGAAAAUUUACACGCAAGUUCGUUUUUAAAUUUUGAAUGUUUUACGUGAAAUUGUACAGUGUUUAGUCCCUCAAAAUGCCAACCGUGUCGCUCGCUUCCGUCGAGAGUUUCAGCAGCGAAGAUCCGAACUUCCCUGCCUCAAACCUGCUCGCCAAGGAAACGCGCCGGUGGAAGUGCCGCGACGCGGGUGAAAAGAGCGCCUUCGUCGUGUUCCGGCUGGACGGGGGCGCCGUUUGCAUCACCGGAAUCGACAUCGGCAACGAGCACUCGGCGUUCGUGGAGGUGCUGGUGGGACGGAGUGGUCCUGCCGUGCCGGAGUUUAGGGAGAUACUGCUCACCUCGUCGUUUAUGAGUCCGAUCGAGAGCCGCAACUCCACGAACAGCGGCCGGGUGCGAUGCUUCACGGCGAAGGAACUGGUCGAGUCGGUGGCCAAGGAGCGGUGGGAUUUGGUGAAGGUUAUUUGUACGCAGCCGUUCAACAGUCGGGUUCAGUACGGGGUGGCGUUUGUGACGCUGCACUCGGCUGGGGGAGAGCGGAAGGACAAACCGCUGGUUCCGGCCGCGUUUCAGCGGCAGAUUCAGGAGGAGGGUUUGAAGAAGGAACCUUCGCGGGUGGUGCAGCUGGGGAGGUUUAAGAUUCGGGAGGAAUCUCCCGAUUCGGACGAGGGAAGUGAGGGGUUGUUUGCGCGUUGGAAAGCGGCACGAUCCGGUGCGGAUUCGCAACCUGUCGCGAGUAAACCCGCAACGACCCCGGCAAGGGCUGCGACGUCUACGGCGGCAGCGAUUCGAGAUGCUUCUACGCCGGCGGCCAUCCGGAACUCGUUGGCCUCCCCGCAACCAGCUAAGACGACCAAAAUCACACCAAAGCCGAAGCCACGACUCUUUGACGACGAUGACGAAGCGACGGUCAAGCCUCGGGACCGCAAUCGGGACGCCCUGCUGUACGACAAGGACGACGACAAGCCGAACGAAAAGCUAGAGCGCAAGCUGGCCGAAGAUCGUGCCCGGAAGCAGCGCGAAAAAGACGCCAAAGAGGAGCGUGAGAAACGAGAGCGGUCCUUUUCGGAGAAAAAGAAGGAGAAGCUGCACGACACUUCGGCGACCAAGUUCAAGAACUUCCUCUUUGACGAACCGGAAACGUCGUCGGAGAAGAAGAGCUCCAGCGAGAAGGAUCGUCGCAAGGACGAGGAAGCGAAGCGGAGUCGCGAUCGGGAGAAAAAGUCGUCGCCGGAGCGGAAGAAGCGACCGACGGAGUCGUCCUCCGGUAGUCGGGACAGAACAUCCGACGUCAAGAAGCCAAAACUGGACAAAGUUCAGGAUCGAGACGAAGAAGAAGAGCGACCGCGAAAGCCAGUAACGUACAAGCCGUUCAACAAGUUGCUUGAAAAGGUGGUCCUCGUGAUUAGCGGGAUUCAGAAUCCGGACCGGGCCAACCUGCGCAAUCAGGCCCUAGCCAUGGGCGCCAAGUACAAGUCCGACUGGGACUCAAGCUGCACGCAUUUGAUUUGCGCCUUCAAAAACACCCCCAAGUACAACCAGGUCCACGGCCAGGGCAAGAUCGUCCGCAAGGGCUGGAUCGAACGGUGCCACGCCCUGCGCAAGCGCCUCUCGUGGCGCAAGUUCGCCCUCGACUCCGACGACGCGGAGCGCUCGGACUCCGAGGGUGAAAUCGUGGACGAAGCGCGUCGGCCAAGCCAGGAUCCGCCUCAACGCGAUUCUCCGGUUAAAGUUCCCUCCCCCCGCAAGGAAACGGACGAGGAAGCGCUGGCGCACUACGAUCUGGACGAUGUGGCGAUCGUGGAGGACAAGCCGCCCACGUACGAACUGUCCGGGUCGGACACGGAGGAGGAAAUCGAGCGCGUUAAGCAGAAGCAGCGCGAGCAGACCAAGGAUAGGAGUGAGGUGUACGAUAAGAGUACGGAGGAGGAAGAGGGGCGGAAUGGUGGUGAGGAGAAGGAGAAGCAGUUGGACUUUUUCAAGCGGAAACGGUUCCUGCUGGAUGACGAAGUGGGCGCCGUGGACGUGAUCAAGCUGGAGCGCAGGACUACAUGACAUGGAUCUCCAAAGAUUUCUCUCGACAUAUUUUUUUAAGAUCACAAACUUAUCGUCACAAAAUUGUUAAUUUAAAGCUGUUAUUUUUCCCCUCUCUUUUAAAAUAAACUGUUCGGUAAAUCACUCUUCGGAGGUUGAAACCUAGUCCGUUUCACCAAAAAAGGUGUAAAUCAAGCAUUCCGAGCAUGUAUCGAGUCACGUCGAAUGUGUGCAAACUGUGUUGGUAACCACAACGCUUAUUAUCGCGAGUGCACCGCUACAAAGGUCUACCACAGACAAACAGACGUGACUCUCCAUACAAAUUAUUUUUGAAAUCCAUCGUCCUUAAUCAACCCCACCAAACCACGGCGACGCCAGCGCUGCCUGGUGAGCUGAUGCCGAAGCGCAGCCCAAACAUACCAAUACAAAUCCAUUACUGUCAUGUGUCAUGUCAGUGUAUGAGUGAGACAAUCAAGCCUUAACGAUUGUAAACAUCAACAGCUGACCGACAUAAUUUUGUUGAUGCUGAUCGUCAGUACCCGAUGCAAAAAAUAAAAAUCAACGUCGAAGAUGACGGUGAAUCAGUUCCGUUUCCAAUGGCAGAACCUCAUGAGCCAAAUCAUGCGGCAGCAACGACGCACUACAACCGCAACGAUAGAGAUCAAACCACUGGUCCUCCCCGUUGCUUCUAAGUUCUGUCGAAGAUUCCUCCUCUCCCAGGUUUGGAAACAUCCGCGGGGAACGUGUCCACGGCGCAGUUAAGUUGCGCCAAACAACAAAAGCAAGGCCAAAAAAUGCUGCCGUUAAAUUUAUAUCGAAACAGAACCACAGAAACUGAACUGUGGAAAAAAAAUUGAGUGGCGCAACAUCGCCAAAAGGCCAAAAGGACGACCAGCAGCAGCAAUCUGAGCAGCAGUCCACGAAGGAUAAGCAGGUUGCUCCGAAUGAGAUGACUCCUUCGCAGUAGCGGGCGCUUAGCAGCGGUCUCGACAUCGGCAGGCAGUUGAACAGGCCUACCGGGUUAAUAUUGGGGCAAGAAGCUAUGGCCAAGGCUGCCCCAACCUUUUCCUGCAAAGCCUGGAUUGUGAUUCACCGUUAGAUUUCCUGAAUUCCAUAAAUUUUUGUGUUCUCAUUUGCUGCCUCGCACGUGCUCACGCUCAACUUAAAAACAAAAACAAGCAUCACACACACUGAGAAAAGACGGGUGAGCUGUCACGACAGCAGCGCCAUCAGCGCCGGGUGAGUGGAUGCCGAAACAAAAUUGCAUUUGAAAUAACCGUUUUGAAGGACGAUGGUCCGACACUCGAGUGUCCCGUCUGUUUGUCUGUGGGUCUACUAUCUCGAAUUUGAUGGAAUAGCAGAGAGAAAACCAACAACCUGCGAAUAUAUUGAGAUAAGCAGAUUGUAUUGAGAUUAGUGUUGGAAGCACACACACACACAUACACAUGACAUAAAAGACAAGGUUCACCUCCGUGUACGCACGAGAGCAAGCAGCAGUGAAGUGCUCAGUGCUCUAUCGUUUUUCGGAUUUUUUCGCUGUAGGGGCAGGGGGGGGGGGGCAGAAUGGGCCACCCUUGGUUUUGGGCUUUAGAAUGGAUUUAGACCAAUUGUAAGGCAAGGGUCUUAUAAAGGACGUCAAAUAACUUCACCAUACCGAAAACGACGUUUGAAUUCAUUGUAUUCUUCGAAUUAUGAGCAAAAAUGUAAAUUUAUUGGAAAACCACGCAAAUGUUGUUAAUUUCGAGGUUUUUAAAUAAGCUUUCUGAAAAGUUGGAUUGUUUGAAAAAAUUUGCUCAAUGCUUAUAACGAUACUAGAUGUUACUACCAAGGUAUACAAACAACAACGGAACCUUAAAAUCAUCUAGAGGCUUUGUUCGGUCGGGACCGAACUAUGGAGCGUGUGGACUGUAAUUUUGGUGACGGCAGACUCUCGGGUGCGGUCACCCUUGGUGGACAACGGAGGAACCACUUUUUGGAGGCGGAAUAGGAUGGAGCGCGGAUUGAAACGUAUGAAUUACUAAACUAAACUUCUAUUUCUCUGCAUAGUUCACAAACGAUUCGCGGUCGGGGGUUUGCUUCCUCGGAAGCCGGUUCGGGGUUCGCGUCGGAUCGCGUCGAGGUUGGGCGAAACUUGUCCUCGCGUGUCGUACGCCUCCUUCUCGGACGGGAGGUGGAUCAAGAAUGCUGCUGACGUCGUGGUGUGGAGCAAAACUAGCGGUACCUUCGGUUGUCGUUGCACGCGCCGUUUUCCCUCCACUUUGUGUGUGUGGUUUGUUUUGUUUAGCGCUCCCUUCAGGAACGCUCGAGUGCACGCUAAACUCAUUCCGGACGGAACAGGCUUGGUGGUGGAAGUGUUAAAUUAAAAUCCACUUGGAGGCAGAAUGGACCACCCUUAUCCUGCCUUAUAAAAACAAUCAAAAGUUAUGAAAUUUGGAUUAAAUGGAUUAUUUCACUCCUGGUAGCUUCACAAAUAACGUUUAAUGCAACAUUAGUUGAUUUUUUAGUUGUUUUGAUGAUUAUUUGUAAAAAUAGUGUCCGUUUUCAACAUAUUAACACUAUUUUCAAAAAUGUUUUGGUAAGUGACUAUUUUUAUUAAAGUGGUCUAACUUCAUGGAAACUAUGUAAGAAAGGUACCUUAAGUCAUUUCUUAUCUCUAAGGUGGCCCAUUCUGCCCCGCACCCUGGAAAAGUAGUCGAAAAAACUUUUUUUUUAAAGUGGCUCAAAAAUAGUUUUAAUCUAAAACAUGUAAUCAACCAAGUAUACAACAUUGAAGGGAACAUCCCAAAGCAUAAGCCUACUAUACUGAAUUCAUAAGUUUUCAUGUUUUUCUAUGGUUUUUGGCGUAUUUUACUUAGGCGGGCCAUUCUGGUGGAUCGAAGCAAACUGUGCCUGUGGUCGGACGCGUUUUUUGUUUGCUGUCAUUUUUGACCUCCCGUUUAUCUUUGAAAUUUUCUUUAAAAUGUGCAAAAUUAGUUAAAAUAAGAAGACUUUGUUACUCGGGUGCCAAACACUAACAGCGGAACUGGUGGAAGUGCGUCGAAAGUUAUUUUCGAGGAACAUUGGAAAUUCGACUUCCACGACUACGGAAGCAAAAAAGGCAGGAACAACAUUCGAAAAGUGACCUUUAACGAAGAGUUCCUGUGUGUCCAGUUUUAGUUCCUGCCACAUAAGAUCCAGGACGGCGUUGGUUUUGGAUGGCCUUGCUGACAACAGCGUCAAUCAAGAAUGACUGAAGUAGGUGUGGGUGAUGUUCAUCGUCUGGCCACUUCAGAGUCAUGUGACGCUUGACGCUUGCCGUAUAUCGUGGGAUACCAUGUCCGCUGCCGGGAGUUCUGCUGAUCAAACAGAUUCAAAACAAGAAUUCAAGAAAAACGAAGAUUCGAGUGGAACAUAACGAGACGAUUAGGAUUGAGCCGUUUUAGAAGGAUUCGUGUUUUUGGUGAGAGCUUUCCAUUUUUAAAUUUCAAAUAACCCAUACAUCCACUCUAACCUUCAAACAUUUCACUGAAGACAACUACGCCAACUAUAUUAUAUACGCGGUAGGGCAGCGGUUCUCAACCUGGGGUACAUGUACCCCUGGGGGUACCACGAGCGGUCUCAAGGGGUACCGGAAGACAAACCCCGUAAUGGCGGACAUUUGAAUGAUAUCCCGGCCAAAUAUUUGAGAGAAGCAAAAACCAACAGAUUAGAAACAAAAAAAUAACGCAACAUUUUAUUUUUUUGUAGAUUAUUUAAUUUACUUCGUUUUUGCUAAUCGAAAAAAAGGCAAAGCAAUCCACUUUAACGACCCCCGGGUCUUUUGUGGUCUCUGUUGCAAGUUUCUGCUCAUUUCUAGGCGUCCGAAGGUUAUGUGUGGUGAGUCACCCAAAACCUCUUUUACGCAAAUGGAUCGACGUUUUACUUCCCCAUCCGAUAGAAGGCCAGGAGGAUAAGGCGGGAAUCGAGCCCGCGCUCCAUAGCAACUUAGGGAUCGGCAGCCGAAGCCGCUAACUACCGCGCCACGAGGCCCCAACAACAACAGUGGAACAGCUGUUUUAGCCUUGUUACUGUACAAUAUUUGGAUAUUUUUAAUAGUUUCGGAUAGAACAGACACAGAACAUCUGAAAAAGUGCAUCGUUUUCCAAAUUUCAAGCUUUAAAGUGCUCUAAAAACUUCUGUCCCUAUUCAUACUGUAGUCCCGAUUCACCCCAGAUGACGGUAAGGAUUUUUUUUAGAGAUGCAAAAUAUUUGAUUUUUUCAAUUGAAAAUAGUUACAACUCGAAAACUUAACUUUAUCAAAAAAAAUUUUAGUUAAAUUUACAAUAUUUUCAAUUCAGCAGGAAAGAAAAAAUGAAUCGAAGAAAAGUAGGGGAAGGUGGGGCAAGAGGAACAAUCGCUCGUAUGGCCGUAAUUUUUUACAAUUUUGAUGUUUCCAGUAUGAGGAAUUGUUGCUAGCAAUGCAAUUAGUUGAUUCUACUACCACAUAACCGCCAAAACAACGUAAACGCCACGGGGCAUAAGAUUGAAUGAAUUUUUUUUUCAAAACCUUUGUUUCAUUAUAAUAUUUGGAAAGUACAAAAUAAGGCUUAGGGUUCGUUUUAAGGCUCAUUUUAUCAAAAUGCAUUUUUUCCUGGAUCAGUAGUGUCCCUACCAAUGAUUUGCACCUAUUAUAAAGUAUGUUUUAUCAUUUCGUUGCUUUUUAUUGAAAGCUUUCAAAAAACCUUGUUUAAGUGGGGCAAGUGUACCACAUGGAUUUUAAGAAUGGAACAAAUAACGAAUUGCUGCAAAAACAUAUUUUAUUGGGAUAUUGAUGCAUAAAAGUACAUAAAAACUAAUAAAAAAUGUUUAAAAAAAUGUUCAUGCAAAAUAUAGCAAUAUUAUAAAAAAAAUCCAUUUAUCUACAAAAAGUAAUUAUUUUUUCGAAAAUCGAUCAAAUUAUUAGUAAAAUUAAAGAAACGUAUCAAAUACAAUCUAAUCUGAAUUGUAAGCAAAAUAACAUGCUAUUAUAUGGAUUGUUCCUCUUGCCCCAACGGGUUGUUCGUCUUGCCCCACUAGUUGAGUAAAACGUACUGAAAAUCAAUAAUUUUAAUCUAUUUUUUAUCGUGAAAAACUGGAUUUUUUAGAAACUUGUUCUAUCAAAGUCUUAGUCAAGACCUGGGAUAAGAUGACUAUCAAAAAAUUCGACAGAUUUUUUUGAACGUUUUAAAUGGAUUUUAACGAGCAUUUCCUUAGCUUGCCCCACUUUCCCCUACAUGGGCAUUGUUUGGCCUACCCAGUACUUGUUUUAAAACAAUU